CAAUUCUAUCAAGCGUAUAAGGCGACGGAACAAACUGCGGGCCCAUCGUAAGGCAAUCUGGCCCGGCCGCCUUCCUCCUGUUCGUUCAAGAGAAGAUUUCCUCGACAUCAGGGGAUUAGCAGAUGUGUCGACCCAGCAACAGUCCGCUUUCUUCUAAAAGCUACCACUGGAACUCCGGAGACUCAUUUAUACGCAUGCCAUGGGCGGAGAAAAGCUCCCACUCGAAGUUGAUUUCGAACAAUUGGGCGCUCCUUUUAUGCUGACAUGCCGUGCGGCACAACCGCUUCUGGCCUUUCCAAAAACCUGCAAGCUGGCAUACUUAGAAGCAGCGCAGUUUAUUUAUGCUUCCAACACCUUCCAAAUCCCUGACCUCACAUCAUAUGUAUGCUUCCAACGCCUCCUCCCCGCUAACUCAUUUCAAGCCAUUCAGUCUAUUCAUAUGAAAUGGGAGUCCCCCAUAUGUUGCGAACUGUUUGGCUAUGAAAGGUAUGGUUUUAUCCCCUACGAUAUCUCGUCUUGGAAUCAAACCUGGCAAGAGAUUUCAGGAAUAAAAGGGCUGAAGUACGUGAGGGUUGACAUGACGAGCAUUGAUCCGAUAUCGAAAUACGGCGCCGACUACGAAGAUCUCUUGUUUUCCCCGUUGGAGGCUGUCCAAGGGGUGAAGUAUAUGGAUGUGGGUGUCGAUUGGGUGGCGGACAGAGGAAAGAAACGGCCCUUUACUGUAAGGUCGUUACCCCAUCCAAAGGAUCUUCGCCUUUGGAGGGAUGAAUGAUUGAAGAGUUAGUCGAGGAACCGGGAAUAGACUGUCUGGCUUGAAAUCGAAACUAUAGUCACUAUAGGUGGUAUAUGGAAUGAACUUGAAACGUUAGAGUACUGGUAUUUCAAAACAAAAAUAGUCAUUGCAGCUGGG